AUGAGUAGCCCCAGGAGACGGAUCGAGACUGAUGUCAUGAAGCUCAUGAGCGACUACGAGGUCACUCUGGUCAACGACAACAGUAAGGACCCCCCUCGCCCAUACCCCGCGGCACCCCGCACCGUCGAGAUACUAACCAGCCUCGCAGUGCAAGAGUUCUUCGUCCGAUUCAAGGGACCCGCGGAGACACCUUUUGAAGGCGGUCUUUGGAAGGUCCAUGUCGAGCUUCCGGAUGCCUACCCGUACAAGUCUCCAAGUAUCGGCUUCGUAAAUCGCAUCUUCCAUCCCAAUAUUGACGAGCUCUCUGGCUCCGUCUGUCUCGAUGUCAUCAAUCAGACAUGGUCGCCCAUGUUUGACAUGAUUAAUAUUUUCGAAGUAUUCCUGCCUCAGCUUCUGCGAUACCCCAACCCGACCGAUCCGCUCAACGGCGAGGCCGCCGCUCUCCUAAUCCGUGAGCCUAAGAGUUACGACGCCAAAGUCAAAGAGUACGUGCAAAAGUACGCCAAUAAGGAUGCUGCCGACGAGGCUGGCAUUGAGAGCGAGGAUGAUGAUGACAUGUCGUCAGUGGCCAGCUUUGGCGAGGACGACGAUGAAGAGCCCGCCGGCCAGAUGGACGAUGUAUAG